UUUAUCAGUUGGCCAGUUGGCCUUCGGCGUCCUUUGUUUAAUGUUCAUGUCUUUAUGUCUAAUGAGUUAUGACCAUUACUAAAAAAACAUUUGUUUUGUCAUGUUUAUGAUAAAAUUUUCGUUAACAUACUAAAAUAAAUUAUUCAACGUUCAUAGAAAAUAUUAUAAUAUACAAAGCAUAAACUAUUUAUUUAUUAAUUCUUCAGGUUCUUCUUAGUUCAUAAUACAGAGAUUGUAUUUAUUAUCAAUGAUAGAACUUAGAUAACACAGUAUUAUUAUUUAAUAUUAAUCAUUAAUCAAAUAUAAUAAGUAGCUACUGGCCAGUUGGUAACUAAUUACUAAACUAUCAACAACGUACUACUUACCACAAAUUUGUAAAUAAUUCCAAAUUUGUCACAGAAUUGUUAUAAGUUAUAAUAUUUUGCUUAGUGUUUGUCGACUAACGAUAUUUUAUAUUAUGUAAUAUACUCAAACAAAAAAAUAAUACCUAAAUUGUCAAUUAUCUAUUAGUACCAAUUUUAAGUCACUCAAAAACAGUUGAAGUAAGGUUUUUUUUGUUCUGAUUUACAAAUUAAGUGUUAAAUUGUUUACCAUGGAUCAAGAAGAUUUUUCAGACCCGCGAAAAAUAAACUUCCAAAACAACCGGUUGUGUUAUGUUGGCCAAGAUGUUACAAGUAUUCCAGAAAUUCUGGGUAAAAUGUAUGGAUCCAAAGUUAGGUCUUUGGAUCUGAGCUUCAAUAGUUUGACUACUCUAAAUCAUUCAGAGCUAUUUCCUGAUUUAGAAGAGCUCGUUUUAGAUAAUAAUAAUCUAGAUGAUACUAUUAAAUUACCUUAUUUACCACAUUUACAUAUACUCUCACUGAACAAUAACAAAAUUACGGUUUUAGAAAACUUGGUUACCCAAAUAAAAUAUAAUAUGCCUUCUUUAAGAUUUCUCAGUUUGAUUGGAAACCAAGCUUGCCCAACACAGCUAAUAGAUUUUGAAAAAGACGAAAACGAUUAUAAAAGAUAUAGGUAUUUUGUCUUACAUUAUUUACCAGAACUAAGAUUUCUUGAUUCAAGACCAGUUACUCGUGAAGAACUUGAUACUGCAUUGACUAAAGGCGAAUUUACCAAAAUCAUACGUCCUCGUUUUGGAAAUGAACCACUUCGAUUUGAUUGGAAAUUAUCUCUAGGAUCUCAACCUCGUGCAGAUACUUCAAAUAUUUUCUCCCCACCUGCUGUAUCACCAACACAAGAAAUACAUCAUCAAGCUGCAUAUGGCCGUCGUCGAUACCGUUAUGCUGGAAAACAUUCAGAGGGAAACCGUUUUAUUUUAAAUACAGAUUUAUAAACAUUUAUAAUAACAUGAUAAUUACAACUUACAAGAUUAAAGAUAUAAUAAAUAUUAAUAUAAAUAAUAUUAAGUUAGUGACUUUCAAAACAUUUAUAACCUUAAUAAUUUUUAUACUUCUACAGGACUAACCGUUAGUUAUCCUUGAGAGUUAAUUUAAUAAUAUUUUAUCUAAAAUGUUAAUGAACUUAAAAUUAAAUUUAUCAGAGAUGCAAAAAAUUGAAUUAUAAUUUAU